ACCUGUCGUACGCAUAAUCAUUUUAUAAUGUAAUCUAUUUGAAUAGAAAUAAAUAAAAAUAAUAUAGAAAGUUUGAUAAAUAUCCGAUAAGGCCAUAAGGUAUAUAAUAAGAAACAAAGUUUAGAUUUUCUGGUAAGGACUCAGCUUCUACGAAUUCUCAGUCAAGGACUUCCGGCCAAUUAUAUAUAACCUUCAUUUUUCCUUCACAAUGCAACCACCACCACCUCUUCAUCAUUGUUUUCUCUUCAUUUUCCACAUUUUUGUCCGAUUUACCCUUGAUUCAGGAUGACUAUUCUCAUUGAGCAGCCACACUUUGGGGUUGAAGUAGAAGAAAAGAAGACUCCUAUUGAUGAGACGGAAUUAGCACUGAUUAAUGGUGGUUUUGUGAUGCCACAAGCAAAUUCUUUUGGCCAAACUUUUAGAGAUUAUGAUGCUGAAGGUGAGAGACAACCAGGUGUGGAGAAUUUCUACAGGAUCAAUCAUAUUAGCCAAACCUAUGACUUUGUGAAAAAAAUGAGAGAAGAGUAUGGAAAAGUGAAUAGGGUGGAGAUGAGCAUAUGGGAAUGCUGUGAGCUUCUGAAUGAAGUUGUGGAUGAGAGUGAUCCUGAUUUGGAUGAACCUCAAAUUGAGCAUUUAUUGCAAACUGCUGAAGCCAUUCGAAAGGAUUAUCCCAAUGAAGAUUGGCUGCACCUCACUGGCCUAAUUCAUGAUCUUGGAAAGGUGCUUCUUCUUCCAAGCUUUGGUGAUCUUCCUCAGUGGGCUGUUGUAGGUGACACUUACCCUGUCGGAUGUGCUUUCGACCAAUCAAUUGUCCAUCACAAGUAUUUCAAGGAAAAUCCUGACUAUAAUAAUCCUACUUACAACACCAAAUAUGGAGUUUAUUCCGAAGGUUGUGGAUUAGACAAUGUUAUGAUGUCAUGGGGACAUGACGAUUACAUGUAUCUGGUGGCCAAGAAAAAUAAGACAACUCUGCCUUCAGCAGCUCUAUUUAUCAUCAGAUACCAUUCAUUCUAUGCAUUACAUAAGUCAAGGGAAUACAAACACUUGAUGAAUGAAGAGGAUAUUGAAAAUCUGAAAUGGCUAGAAGUAUUCAACAAAUACGACCUGUACAGCAAGAGCAAAGUCCGGAUCGAUGUCGAAAAAGUCAAGCCAUACUAUUUAUCCCUAAUUGAAAAGUAUUUUCCAGAAAAGCUGAAAUGGUAAAUCUUGAAGAAUAAGAAGAUAAAGAAUUGCUUAAUUACUGCAUGAAAUUCAGAAAAUUACUGCAGUAUUUCUCUUUAGAAAAGUCUUCUACAAAUAGUGUCAGUGAUUAUAUGUAGCUUUCAUACAUCUAGUUAUGGCCUGAGUUGUUUUGUUCAAACUAAUAAAAAUGAUCAAGUUCGUUUGUUUAGUUGAAA